AAAACUAAGCACUUAUUAGCCUACUCUGUUUAUGAUUUUGUUGUCAUGGAGAACUGAUUGGGUUCAUUGCUUCGAGUUGAAAAAUAAAUGCUUUGAACAUCUGUUACUCCCCAGCCCUGGUCAUAGACUAGUUACUUCUUCACAGAGGGCUUUGAACACCCUAUAUUCUCUGGCUGUCACAGAGAAACACCAAAUCUACGUAUUUUAACAUUACCUCAGUUCAUAUGGUGAUACAAUAAUACACGUGUAGCCUAUUUGAAACACCCUCUGAGCUCUGCACACUUUCUCAAUUUAUUUUAAGCACAGUCAGCACCAUUUCUUUUCUCCUUUUCAUUUUUUUCCGUUGCUAUAAAGUCAACAAAGUGGCUUUGUCAGCAACUGAAGAGGGCUGUAUUUACUCUCCAGUUGCGCUCCAGCCUGGUUCCUGCAGUAACGGAUUCUGUUUUUAUCUGUUUAAUAAUAACCAUGUGAGGAACAUUUAGACAGGAGUGCUGGAGCUCGUCCUUCCCCUCCUUAGCUCCCAGAGCCAGACCCAGGAGGGGUGUGAGCCUCAGUUAAAGCAUGCUGCUGUGGAUGAACUUUGACCCCCCCCCCAAAAAAAACAAGCCGUCCAACUCCUCCUAUCUUGGAUCGUGUUCCUUAUUCUCUCUUCUCUUCUUUCCUCACUCACUCACUCUCCGUUUAAAUGCCUCUGCUUCAAUACAUGCCCUGACAUGCUGAGAAACGGGAGGGGAGGAGUGGGAAAAAAAGAGGACAAGAAAAACCGGAGAGCAGCUGAGAGGGUGGAGAGAGAGAGAGAGAGAGAAGGGGCGUGUGAAAGAGGAGGGAAAUCCAUAUGAGCCAACUGUACAGAGAGACUCCAGAAGAGAAAAUCGAGGAAGCAGGACUGUCAGCAGCAGAUACAGAGAUUUAGGGAGCAUGUUAAUGUUAGGAAGGUUUUGAGGAGAUAACCACAGAAAAAAAUAUCCUUGUUUUAAGUGAGCCCUUGUGGUAAUCUCUUACUCUGUGUCUCUCUUAUUUUUUCUCUCUCUCUCUCUCUCUCUGACGGAGGACAGGUGUGGUGUGUGAGAGAGCGUGUCGGUACUGGAUACAUUCUAUUCAUGGUCCAUUUCCUUAUUUUUUUUUUUUUUUCUAACCUGAGGACCAGGUUGAGACGGCAGAGAGACACACUGAUUGGCUGGAGGAACCUGUGGAGACAUGACGCACCAGAGUGUCCAGAGGACUGAUCCAAGUUGACUACAGACAACUGGGGGAGGAUUAAGAGACUCUGAGAUGGUAUCUGGAGGAGUCCCCAGAUCAUAACGUCUGACGUUAGAACCUUCCGGACAGUUACCUUGUCACUGCCAGAGCUACCAAAGGUGUUGUGUAGUCUGUUCAAAUCGAAAGAGAAACUGUAAGAGGCGCCGGGGAGUAUGGGACGUUGGACCCGCGGUGGAGUGACUCCUGGUUAGUUCCCAGGGGGGCCCAAUGAGUGGUAGCAGCCAUAACACCAGCCUGCUACGGGGCCGCCGUUUCUACUGUCGGGAAUGGGCCCUGGAAAAGCUCCAGCGCUGUCUGGAAGCCAAGCCCGCUCCCGGCCGGCCCCCGGGGAUCCUGGUAACUGGGGGUCCCGGGGCAGGAAAGACAGCUCUAUGCACGGAGGCAAUAUGGCCCACCUCGGACGCAGGGAUGCGGGUCGGGCUGGCGCCCCACUGCCUUGCGUUUCACUUCUGCCAGCGGGAGGACGGGAGGAGCGUGGCGGUGUGGAGGUUUGUCCUGGGACUGGUGGAUCAGCUGAGGGUCAGCCCCCUCCUCCCCCUGGGGUACAGGGACACACUGGACACCCCGUUGGUGGCUCCCACCCUGGAGCCCCUACACUGCCAGAGGGACCCGGAUGACACCUUCAAAAGGGCGGUGUUGUUUCCCUUGCUGGACCUCCCUCCCCCAGAGAAGUCCCUAUUCCUGGUGGUAGACUCACUGGAAUCGGGGUAUGGGGCCGGUGAGGUGGCCAGCUGUGCUGGGGCUCCAGGGAGGAGCAGCUCUAUAUCAGAUCUCCUAUCCAGUCACCAGCACCUCCUGCCCAACUGGCUGCUCCUGGUCUGCUCAGUGCGCAGACAGAACAAGGCUGUGUGUAAGAUGUUCUCAGGUUUCCGUAAACUGUGUCUGGACGAUCUGCGUAAACCUGCGCCGGUACGUGACGUGCAGCACUAUAUCCUGCGGAGGCUGGACCAGGAGGGGGCGCUCCGUCGACAGCUGACCCCAGAGACGGCCGACAUGCUCAACUUGCUGCACAUCAAGAGUGGCGGCUGCUUCCUGUUUCUGGAACGCGUUCUAGACGGCGUGGCGGGGGCCUUGGUGGGGCUCCGGGAGAUCCGGGACAUCCCCGGGACCCUCAACGGCCUCUACUUGUGGCUCUGUCAGAGACUCUUCCCCAGAGGUCUGUUCCUCCAAGUCAGGCCCCUCUUCAACGCCCUACUGGCCUCCCCCAGGCCCCUCACCACCCAGGAGCUCUACACCGCCACCUGGACCCAGGACAUGUCCCUCAGCCUUCUGGACUUCCAGAGCAGGCUGAAGGCUCUGUCUACGCUGCUUAUCGACGGGCCGGGAGGCAGAAAGCUCCUGUUCCACACUAGUUUCGCAGAGUGGCUGACGGACGUGAAGUAUUGCACCCAGAAGUAUCUGUGUAGCGUGUCUGAGGGACACACCAUGCUGGCCAUGGCUCUCACCCUGCGCGCCCCACACCUUAACACAGAAGACACCUGUCAGAUGGGCUCGCACCUGGUCAGCUCAGGCAUGCACAAGGACAACCCUGCCCUCCUGGCCCUGUGGCUGUUGUGGGCUGAUGUGCCCCCUCUGACUAGCCCCUUUUCCCCCUCUUCCCCUGCCUCUCAGCCGCCUGUCCUGGUCAGGCAGGAGGUCCUCCAGCUGCUGAUGAAGAGUGGGGUGUUCCCUCCCUCCUGUGCCACAGAUGGAGGCCCCAGCGUGGGGGUACAUUGUGCAGGAGGCGGGGGAGGCAUCAUCGGGCAGGCGCUGGAGAAGCAGGACACAGUGAGGGUGCUACUGGACAGCGGGGUCAGCGUGAACCGGGCCGACCCCACAGACGGACGCACCCUCCUGGCCAGCGCGGCCCAUGCAGGCUCAGUAGAAGUGACUGACCUACUCCUGUCCCGAGGGGCUGACCCUCUGAUCAGUGACCACCAGGGCCAGACCCCCUUAACGCUGUCUGCCAGGCAGGGCCAUGUCAGGGUGCUGGGGAUGUUGCUGGACUGGGCCAGGGGGCUGGAUCUGGAGGCCGGCGUGGGGAUGGUGGAGCAUGCAGACAGCGAGGGCUGGACGGCCUUACGGUCAGCGGCCUGGGGGGGUCACACCGAGGCCGUGCACCUCCUCCUGGAUGCAGAGGCGGACGUGGACGGGUGUGAUGCUGAAGGCCGAUCGGCGCUGAGGGCGGCGGCCUGGGGGGGUCACGAGGAGAUCCUCCUCACUCUGCUGGACCACGGGGCGCAGGUGGACAAGGUCGACCGGGAGGGCCGCACGCCACUGAUUGCCGCCGCCUACAUGGGCCAUCGGGAGGCGGUAGAGAUCCUGCUGGACCACGGGGCAGAGGUCGACCUGGCCGACGGAGACGGCCGUACUGCCCUGUCAGUGGCUUCUCUCUGUGUGCCCACAGCGGCUGGAGUCAAAGGUUACGGCGAAGUGGCCAGCCUGCUGUUGGAGCGAGGGGCGGACCCGGGGCACAAGGACCAGGAUGGGAUGACCCCUCUGCUGCUGGCUGCGUAUGAAGGUCACGAGGAGGUGGUAGAACUGUUGUUAGAGGCCGGGGCAGACGUAGACGAGAGCGCCGGGCCACACGCCGCCGCCGCUUCUGCAGCCGUCACCCCGCUGUUGGCGGCAGCCGCCAUGGGCCAUUCCGCGACAGUGGGCAGGGUGCUGUUCUGGGGCGCUACGGUGGAUGGCAUCGACGGGGAGGGUCGUACAGCUCUGAGCCUGGCAGCAGCACGGGGCAGCGUGGAGGUGGUCAGAGCACUUCUGGACCGAGGGCUGGAUGAGAACCAUAAAGACGAUCUGGGCUGGACCCCUCUGCACGCCGCCGCCUGCGAAGGCCACCGGGGGGUCUGUGCCGUCCUAACGGAGCGUGGGAGCAUGGCGCGUGUCGGAGAAAUGGACAUCGAGGGACGGACUCCCCUCAUCCUGGCCGCGCAGGAGGGCCACUGUGGCACGGUGAGGCUUCUGCUGGACCGCCGCUCGCCCAUCGACCACCGGGCGUACGACGGCCACUCUGCGCUGAGCGCCGCCGCCCUGGAGGGCCACGCUGAGGUGGUGGAGCUACUGAUGAGGCGGGGCACGGACACGGAUGUACGGGACGCCGAGGGCCGUCCGCUGCUCUACCUCCUGGUCCUGGAGGGACAUCUGGACAUGGCUGCCCUCAUCAUGGAGAAAGGGGGCGUGCCCCUGGAGUCCCGGGACGGGGAGGGGCGCACGGCGCUGCACGUGGCCUCCUGGCAGGGCAACCUGGAUGCAGUGGGGCUGCUGUUGAGCCAUGGGGCGGACCCUAACACCCAGGACGGGGAGGGACGACCCCCCUUGCACUCCGUAGCCUGGCGGGGUCAUGUUGAGCCCGGUCGUCUGCUCCUGGAGGUCAGGGGGGUCAACGUGGAUCUGGCCUGCAGACAGCAGGGGGCCACGGCACUGAGCAUCGCGGCUCAGGAGGGCCACGCCAACAUCGUUGCCAUGCUACUGGAGGGAGGGGCCAACCCAGACCACGUAGACAAGUACGGCCGCAGCCCCGUCAAGGUGGCAGGGAAGAGGGGCCACUUCACUAUCGUCAGGCUGCUGGAGAGCUACGGAGCCAAACCGUACUCAGUCCGUCUGCCCCCGUCCAACACCUUGUCGCCACGGUCAUCCACUGUGAAGAGCCCGUCCUCCGUCGGCUCAGGGAGUAACGUGGCCCAGGCAGGGCGUCAUCAUGGUGCUAGCACCUCCACCUCCUCAGCCUCCUGCUCCCCAGGCUCCACAGCCGAGCAUUUCCACUCCAUCCAUAGCUCCCAGACAUCCUCCUCCACAGCCCACUCCCAGGCCACGGUGCAGACCGUCCCCGCUGACAGCCUGUCCUUCACCCAGCAGAUCCAGCAGCACUCCCUUCCACGCUGUCGCUCCCGUCACUCCACCCUGCCUCCACCUGGCUCCGCCCGUGGCAGCCUGCAUGGGACCAGCCGCAGGGCCCAGUGCCCUAAGGCAAGCCCUCCUCCACCCACCCUCUGCACAGUCACGGCCAUGGUGCAUGACUCUGAACAGACUUACAAAGGCUACCCAGCAGGGUUCGACUAUCCCAGUAAACACAACCCCCCCAGCCUGAUCCAGGAGGAGAGGUCUCAGUACGGAGGGGGGAGGUGGAACUCUGUCAUGGCUUCUCUAGGGGUGACGCCUGGACAAGAUGGCCCCAAAAACAGGGACAUUCUCCCUAUGGGCUACCCCUACCAGGUCCAGAGCCCGGCUCAGAGAGAGACAUGGGAGGAGAACCGGAAGAUGUCUAUAUCCCCCGGUAGUGCCUUAUCUCCUCCCUGCAUGGUGGUCAUGACGACCACGGACCCCCAGCUCAACCUGAAACAGGCCAUCAAGUUGCAGUUUGAAGGGCCCACCAGCGCUGCCUUAUACAAGAGGGAGACGCCCCUGUGAACUCUGACCUAACGGUGGACGUGGGAGUUCAAGGGUCCGUUUUCAGAAUGGGUAAUGGUUCUUACGGGGCAGAUGAGAGCGGAAGGGGCAUCUCUCUCACCCCCCACCCUCGCCGUCUUCAGCUCAGCGGACCAGAGGAAGAAUGGAGAGGCUGGAAGACUUCAAAGGCGUUUACAUUCCAGACUUUCUCCGUCGCCUGUUCUGAGCAGCUGUCACUAAAUAGUGGACACACACACACACACACACAUUCCUCAGACACAAAGCCUUGUGCCAUGGACAAGUCGGAUGGAGAGGGGCUAUCGGUCCACCCUCCUGCUGAUCUACCACACAGAGACAGACCAGAGUGUGUGUGACAGUUCUCUGACCAGAGAGAGAGAGAGUGUGCGUGAGCGUGUGUGUGUGUGUGUGUGCGUGCGUGCGUGCGUGUGACAAUUCUGUGACACACAGACCCAACGCAGGGCUGUGGUCUCACCAGGGUUUGACGCUAAACCAAUCAUCAGUGGACUUCUUCAGAAAUCAAACUUUUCUACUCUACGAGUGGAUGAAUAACAUUCAUUUGAAGCCACCACAGAACAGCCAAUAUACGUGUGAAAGGGUUCUCACUAAGAUGAGACGAGAUGGGCAAGGAGACCCACGACAACACACUCACACAGGACUUAAGAUAGUUUUUUUUUUAUAUAUAGGAGCUAUUUUUCGCACCGUGGCUGUUUUGAAAGCCACGAUUCUACUGCCUGUGUGAGGGCACUAUUGAUGCCUUGAUCUUCCUCCAGAGUUUUGCUCUCUCUACUUUUAAAACCCCGAGACAUGGCAGGUAUUACCAGGAGUCUGUCGACGUGCAUCUAUGGCAGCUUGGAGUCUGUCGACGUGCUUCUAUGGGCGGCCACGAGCCAUACAAAUUCAGCAGAAAAGACCGCAGUCCUACCAAAACCAUGACCUAGCCAACGAUGCUGUUGAAAAUGCUGCUAUGUUUAUGACAUUAACCAACCAGCAGGCGGAAUGUUCCAGCACACUCUGAGUAAUGCCGUUGGAAAGGAACUGCUAAUGAUGACAUACAUCUAAAGAUAGAUUAGAAAAGAAAGACAGAAAGUGGGAGUUUAGCUAUUCAUUUUAAAUCAUUGAUCUGGCCUAAGUACUUUCCAUUUGUCCUUGUUGCCAUUUUAUUCACAUAAUGCCGUUCUUCAAUUAAAAAAGCAGACGUGCUUGUAACUUAUGUCAAA